AUGGGCGCCUAUUUCUCUAUGCCGCUAGAGGAUAAGGACCCCGUCUUUGUCUCACUAGGCACACUCGGCGCGCGCAUGACAGACACGGCAGCCGCGCGCCCUGAGGGGGUCGGCUGUUGUGUUUUAGCAGGGAGCGAUUUUCCCAAUUCUGUGGAACAGGCCAUCAUGAGCUGGGGCAUCACCGUGACAAUCAUAAGAGAUCCCUCCAGGUUAUCCACUCGAGGCCUCCUCAAAUAUUCGGGAGAUGGCUUCAAAGUGUACAUCUCCGGACAGCCAAGUUGGUGGGACGUAUAUUCGCCCAAUCACAUCGAGUUCCUGGCUACCUUUGGCUCCGGUGACGGUGACGGGCCACCGGCGGAGUUUGACCGCAAAAAGAUCGAAGAGCAGGCGCUCCGAGUUUUGGAGUCUGGGGUUGGGAGAAAUGGAGACGGCGCCAUCGUGAUCCGCUGCGGUGAGUAUGGCUGCAUGGUUGCCGCUCGUUCAUACUCUACCCGAUGGUUCCCAGCAUUCCACGGAUCAUCUCGUGUUUUGUGUGCCACAGGUGCGGGAAACGCGUUUCUUGGCGGCUUCGCAGUCACCCUUAGCACUACGUCCGACCUCACCGAGGCUACCAUCGCAGGCGUCGUGGCCGCGAGCUUUGUCAUAGAGCAAGUUGGGUUGCCUUACAGAACAACCUCACGCCACGGCAAGGAGAUGUGGAACGGAGAAGCAUUCUCAGUCAGGGUUGACCGGUUUCGUACCGUACUUGAGACACCUGCCAAUGAAUGA